GUGGCAUAGCCUAUGAUUUCCUGUUGCACCAAGGAGCUACAAUGGAGAUAUCACAGCAGCAAAGAAAGCAGCUGGGACUUGGAGCUGGAGUGGUGUACCAUCUCAGCCAGCGAAUCACAGAGGCCAAUCACAAGUUGUAUUUUGACAACUAUUUUACAACGUACAAUAUUCUGGAGCUGCUGACUAAGAGGAAAAUUCAUGCUGCUGGGACAGCAAGGGUCUCUCGUUUUGCCAGACCUCCUCUACAGUCUGACAAAGAGAUGGCUAAAAAGCCACGAGGAAGCUAUGAUGAAGUUGUAAGCUGUGAUAGAAAGGUGGGACUGGUCAAAUGGUAUGACAACAGACCAGUUGUCAUGGCUUCCAACUUUGUUGGUGUUGGCAGACAGGAUGAAGUCCGGCGGUGGGACAAAAAGAAGGCCCAGUUUGUGAUGGUUUCCCGUCCAGAGGUUGUCAAGCUGUACAAUGAAGCAAUGGGUGGUGUUGACCUGCUUGAUCAACUCGUCAGUUUGUACCGCACAGAAAUCCGGUCAAAAAAGUGGACUCUGAGAAUGAUCACACAUGCUUUUGACCUUGCUGUUGUCAACAGUUGGUUGGAGUACAGGCUGGACUCCAAGAGGGCCAAUAACCCAACAAAAGACAUCUUGGAUCUCCUUCAUUUCAAGGUGAAUGUGGCCCAAUGUCUGGUGAGAGUUCAAAAAACAGUGGCAUCAAAACGUGGAAGACCCAGUAUGUCUCCGGAACCACAGAAUGCCCCUCACAGACCACCUCACCGGCCAGUUCAGGAUUCAAGGCCUCUACCUGAAGUUCAGUAUGACAUGGUUGACCACAUGCCAAAUUAUGAUGAAAAGAAAGAGGCCACCAGAUGCAAGAUGCCAGACUGUACCGGAAAAACACACGUCUGCUUCAAGGCUGCUCACCGAAAAUGAGUCCAUGGAAACAUCCAGAAGUGUGAUGUCUUCUGCAGGGCACAUUCCAAGUGUCCAAGUAAAUGUUUGAUCUGUUCAUUGGCCUGCUUCUAAAAAUAUGUAUGGUUAUCUUUUGGAAAUGAUACUCUACUGGAGGCAGAACUGGUUCUCUAUAAUCAUAUAUCUUUCAACUUCAUGUUUAGAUUGCUUCAUAGCAUCUUCCUCUCAUCCAGCAAGUUUCUGAUUUUCCUGGUGAUUAGCUUAUUGCUGUUCACAAUCAAUGCUGGAAUACCUUUGUAAAGUUCAUUUGCAUGUUCAAAGUUGCAGACAAUCUCGCAACUAUCAAUCAGUCAAUCUUUUAUUGUCUCUGUUAUAAGUAUGACAAUAUUUUGUUCAGAGCUGAUACUGCAAAGUAAAAGACAUAAAAUGCAAAAAUGGUGCAAUAAAUGCAAAAAUGGUGCAAGACCCUUCUUUAAAUCCCUUUAUGUAGUAGUCUGUAUGCAGACAUCCAGUAGUUUAGGUCAUACCUGAUUAAUUACAAGGUAAUAACAUUUUACGCUCGUUUAGUCGUGGCGUCCAUUGCAAUGGACAUUAAAAAAUACUGGUAUAAACAUGAGUUGGCAAAAAAAACAAAAAUCCACUUUGUUUCUAUGUUAGAGAGAACCCAAAAUCAGUUGGACAAAAAUUUUUUUGCCCAGCAGAAAAAAUGCAGGUCUGAAGGGGUUAAA